AUGGUAAACGUCGACAUGGAUAAAGUGCAUCAGGUCGUCGCGGAUGCCAUAAAAGCUCACUCUGCUGAGCUUGAGGACCUGAGUUUACAAAUACAUUCAAAACCCGAACUAGCUUUCGAAGAACAUUUCGCGCACGAUCUUCUCACUACUUAUCUACAAGGUCAAGGCUUCAUCGUCACGAAGAAUGCAUGCUGUCUGAAGACUGCCUUCAUUGCAGAAUACACACCCGAAAAACAUCACGACAAGGAGCUCCUAACGAUCGCGUUUUUGUCGGAAUAUGAUGCGCUCCCAGUCAUAGGACACGCAUGUGGACACAAUUUGAUUGCCAUUGUUGGUAUCGCUGCUGCAUUGGGCUUCAAAGCUGCAAUGGACGAAUUCAAAAUACCUGCUAGGCUUAGAGUAUAUGGAACACCUGCUGAAGAAGCUGCUGGUGGCAAGAUAAAUAUGAUUGACUAUGGUGCUUUCAAAGAUGUAGAUGUUGCGCUGAUGGGUCACGGAGGCAACAAGAGUAUCGUCUAUUGCAAUGCUCUUGCUAUGCAGACCAUACAUGUGCACUACUAUGGAAUAUCUGCUCAUGGAGCGGCUGCGCCGUGGGAGGGUAUAAAUGCGUUAGAUGCCAUCGUCACCGCCUAUACCUCGAUAAGUAAUCUCCGGCAACAGACCCUCCCAACGAAUCGAAUACAUGGCGUCAUUCACGAAGGAGGAGCCGCGCCAAAUGUGAUACCAAACUAUACACGUGGCGAAUGGUAUAUCAGAGCAAAGUAUAGAGACGAUUUAGAAGCCUUGAGGCCCCGAGUGCUGGCCUGCUUUGAGGCGGGUGCCAAAGCUACAGGAUGCACUUACAAGGUUGAAAUCGAAGAGCCAUUUUAUGAUAUCAAGGCCAACGAUGCACUUUGCCAGAUGUACACCAAGUACGCAGAAAGGGAAGGUGUUGUGAUGUCGUCAAAAGAGGUCCAACUCGCUUCUCUUCUGGGAAGUACCGACAUGGGGAACGUAACAUACGUCGUACCUGGAAUUCAUCCAAUUUUUGAUAUUGGCUGUACUUCGAACAUUCAUACCGAGUCCUUCAGGGAACAUGCCAAAACUCCCGAAGCUCACGAAGCUGCACUCAAGUGUAGCCGAAUACUUUCCAUGACAGCUCUUGAAUGUAUAGCAGAUCCUGUUGCCUUAGCCAAUGUUCGAAAGGACUUUGGCAACAAAUAG